AUGGUGCCACGAUAUUCAGCUUACGCCAGGCUCUUCUGCGUUUUUCUUCAGACAUGCCUUGCGCAGAAUAACAGCAUUGUCUCCAUCCCAUAUGAGUUGACCUAUCUUCUUCCUCCACCGUUUGACGGCAACUUGUUUCACAGCUUCGUCAAUGGCACCAAUACAUCGGAUGCGUCAACGAACGAACUCCUUCAAUCUGCCAUUAGAGCACCUUUCAUUUCCUACGAUGACGAGUUCCUAGCGCUCCUCGGCCAGAAUCCAGCCAUUGAGUUGAUCGAGGAGCGCCCAGGCAACUUUGCGGGAGAAGCUGGCGUGUGGAUCAGUGACCGCAAUGAAGUCUGGUACACGACUUGGAUCAAUGACGGGCCCACCCACGUGGAAAUCUUGAACUUGAACAACAACAGCAUCAGAAAUCUGACCUCUUCAACGCCAUUGGAGAACCCGAACGGAGGAUUCUACCACCAAGGUCUCAUAUACUUUACUUGCCUACGCGAUGACUCUCGGGACUGGUCUGGCGGGGUCGUAUCUGUAGAUCCAGAGACAGGCCAUGUCGAAACUGUGCUCAACUCCUACUUUGGUCUCAAGUUCGACAAUAUUGACGACGUAGCCUGGGUCACGCAACCGGGAACAAACAACUCGUACAUGUUCAUCACUAUCCUGCCCUUCGCCGAGGGCUCAACCACGACAGACCGCCUGCCUCAGGGUCUGUGGCGCUGGGAUCCCCAGAACAAGGUGCUGUUACCGGCUAUCAGCAGGACUGAGUUCCCCGUCGCAAACGGCAUCCGACCAUCGAGAGACCAAAAGACUCUUUGGGUCACCGACUUUGGCGGGGAAGAGCGAAGCAGGAUUUGGGGGCUGCCGGCCCAAGUAGGAGCGCCUGCGAUCUACAGCUACGAGCUAGAUCAAAACGUGUGGCCUGUGAACAAGCGGAUAUUUGGUGUUUCGAGAAUGCAGGCUCCGGAUGGCAUCCGCAUCGAUGAUAAGGGUAGAGUUUGGACGGGCGAGGGCGAAGGUGUUGUAGUUCGAAGUUCCCAAGGAAAGGUCAUUGGUGUCUUUAAUGGACAAUAUUUCACGAGAGACCCUGUUAACACGGCAAUAGUCCAAUUUGAGCUCGCCGGAGAUGUUCUGGUUGUGCUGGGCCAAAAUAAGUUGUGGACUGUCAAGUUAGCUGAGACAGUCUACGGCGCUUAG